GUUGGUUGGAAUACUUUGAAAAAGAAACACAACAAAAAUGGAGGAUAUUUUUCAUUGGUGCCGUGAGGGUAACUCUAUUCAAGUGCGUCUGUGGCUGGACGACACCGAGCAUGAUAUGAAUUUAGGAGACGAUCAUGGAUUCAGCCCGUUACAUUGGUGUGCCAAAGAAGGACACACUAAGCUUGUGGAAAUGUUGCUGCACCGAGGUGCUCGAGUCAACGCCACCAACAUGGGAGACGAUAUACCACUCCAUCUAGCUGCUGCCCAUGGGCAUAUGGAUAUCGCUCAAAUGCUAAUACGCCAUCGCUCUGAUGUAAAUGCUGCAAACGAGCAUGGAAAUACACCGCUACAUUACGCGUGCUUCUGGGGUUAUCAGGCAAUCGCCGAAGAACUCGUGAACAAUGGAGCUUUGAUUUCCUUGGCUAACAAAGAUGGUGAUACACCAUUGGAUAAGGCUAAGACUCUACUGGCUACACGGUUGCACAAUCUAGCCGUUGAAAGUGGACAGGAGUUGAAGAAAAUCAGCUUCAAAGAUCAAGGAUGGGCUGGCAUGAAAACCCGUUCACGCGACGCCACUCUGUCUCGUUUUAAGGGCAUCAAUAUUCAAGAGUUGACGUUGCACAAUAAGGUAGCGAUAACGCCCGGUGGAGAAACAUGGCGUGGUCGCUGGCAAAACAACGAAAUUAUCGCCAAAAUUCUGGCGAUCCGCGAGUGUACUGCACGUGUCGCACGUGAUUUCAACGAAGAGUUUCCUAAGCUACGAAUUUUCUCUCAUCCCAACAUUCUACCCGUCCUCGGGGCGUGUAAUGCUCCAACGAAUUUAAUCGUCAUCAGCCAGUUUAUGCCGCGAGGAUCGCUAUACGAUUUACUGCACGGCACUGCGGGCAUUGUGGUUGAUACAGCGCAAGCUGUUCGGUUCGCCCUCGACAUCGCACGUGGUAUGGCGUAUCUGCACUCUCUAGAAAGAAUUAUCCCGGAAUAUCAUCUGAACAGUUUUCACGUUAUGAUCGAUGACGAUCUGACCGCGCGUAUCAACAUGGCGGACGCAAAGUUCUCCUUCCAGGAGCGCGGUCGGGUUUAUCAACCGGCCUGGAUGAGCCCGGAGAUGCUGCAGAAGAAGCGCAGUGAACGUAACUGGGAGGCAAGCGAUAUGUGGAGCUUUGCGAUUUGCAUCUGGGAGCUGGCGACAAGAGAGAUACCGUUUGCCGACUUGACGCCGAUGGAAGCAGGCAUGCGAAUCGCUACCGAGGGUCUGCGGGUUACGAUUCCUCCGGGCACUUCACCUCAUCUGGCAAAGCUGAUCAAAAUCUGCAUGAACGAAGACCCAGGCAAACGUCCGACCUUUGAUAUGAUCAUACCGAUCCUUGAUAAGAUGAAACGCUAAAGACUGCCCCUUUGUCGAUGACACCAGUGGCUUCCGUCAGUGUGCCUCUUUGAAAAGUGCCUUUGAAAAGAAUGGUUUAUGUUUUACCUGCUGAUCGUUGUGUCGAAUAGCAUCCUCAACAACAGUACUAAAAACUCUCUUUACUUUGAACUGUUUUUUAUUUAAAUCCUGCUGUGUAACGUUACAUUAUUGUUAUUUUAUCUGUAUCGUGCCUUAACAAAGAACUAGCAACAUGUAGAAGGAAAGUAUUAAGCCGUGCGGUUAUGCAAUUCAAACAAACAUAGACCCUAUAUUUGCACGCACAAUGUACUCAAUCUUAACGUUUCACAAACGAAACGAUUGCAAAGCGCAAACGGGUUUUGAAUGAAAAUUCAAAUCAAAAAGGUGUUCGUUUGUAUUAAUUUUGUCCGUUAGAUUUUGGCACUUUUGUCAACACAGUAAAACUUACACUAAACCUCUUAACUGUGCGUUGUAGUUAUUUAGAAUUAAUCCAUACAUUUUAUAUAAACAAUAAAUUCAAUGUUAACAAACUAUAUGGAUGGUUAUUUUUUGUG